AAUUUUCCCCCACGCGGGCACGGACGCGGGUCCCGAUGUCACACGCGUGUGCCGGCGGCGGGGUGGGACGCAGGGCCGUGUGACGCCAUCACGUGUCGUCCCCGCCCCUCCCCCGCGCAGGGCAACGCAUGUGCUGAGCUGGGCGGAGCCUCGGAGCCGCGGCCCGGGUGACGUCGCCGAACACGGAUGUCGGGCCUGAGCAGCUGCCGAGGAUGCUGGGAGAAACCCGCGACUGACGGCCCCGCCACGAGGACGCCCAGCGGCCUCUGACCCGGAACCCUGCGCGUCACGCGUGUUCAUGCGUUUUCACGCGUGCGUCUCCCCCACACCACCCCGAUGGCCCCGUGUCGCGCGUGGCCGCUGGCGUGCUGCGUGUUCGCCUUGGCGUGCUGUCGCGUGUGGGCGUCGUCGCCGCCGGCGCCCGUGGUGAGCACGCGGUACGGGAAGCUGCGCGGGCUGCGUGCGCCCCUGCCGGGCGGCGUGCUGGACCCCGUGGAGCAGUUCCUGGGCGUGCCCUACGCGGCGCCGCCGACCGGCGAGCGCCGGUUCCAGCCGCCCGAGCCGCCGUCCCCGUGGCCCGGCGUGCGCGACGCCACGCGAUUCGCACCCGUGUGCCCGCAGCACCUGGACGAGCGCGCGCUGCUGCGGGACAUGCUUCCCGUGUGGUUCACCGCCAGCCUGGACACGCUGGCCGCGCACGUGCGGGACCAGAGCGAGGACUGCCUGUUCCUCAACGUCUACGUGCCCGCGGCCGCCCGCGACCCCGGCGCCGACCCCCGGCCGGUCAUGGUCUACAUCCACGGCGGCUCCUACAUGGAAGGCAGCGGGAACCUGAUGGACGGCAGCGUGCUCGCCAGCUACGGCGACGUCAUCGUGGUCACCGUCAACUACCGCCUGGGCGUGCUCGGCUUCCUGAGCACGGGCGACCAGGCCGCCAAGGGCAACUACGGCCUCCUGGACCAGAUCCAGGCGCUGCGCUGGGUGGAGGAGAACGCGGGCGCCUUCGGCGGGGACCCCAAGCGCGUGACCGUGUUCGGCUCGGGCGCCGGCGCCUCCUGCGUCAGCCUGCUCACGCUCUCGCACUACUCGGAGGGGCUGUUCCAGAAGGCCAUCAUCCAGAGCGGCACGGCGCUGUCGAGCUGGGCGGUGAACUACCAGCCGGCCAAGUACACGCGUGCGCUGGCGGAGCAGCUGGGCUGCGGCGGGACCCGGGACACGGCGGCGCUGGUGUCCUGCCUGCGGGGCGCGGGCUGGCGGGAGCUGUCGCGGGCGCGGGUGGCGCCGGCCGCCUACCACGUGGCGUUCGGCCCCGUGGUGGACGGGGACGUGAUCCCCGACGACCCGCAGAUCCUCAUGGAGCAGGGCGAGUUCCUCAACUACGACGUCAUGCUGGGCGUGAACCAGGGCGAGGGGCUGCGCUUCGUGGACGGGCUCGUGGGGGACGCGGGUGCGGGCGACGACGCGGACGGCGGCGACUACACGGAGGACACGCGUGUCGAUGACACGGACGACACGUAUGACGGCGGCGCGGGGGCGGGGGACGACGCGGAGGACGCGGACAAGAAGAAGAACAAGCGUGUUCACACGCGCGGCGAUUACACGCGUGUCGGCGAUGCGGACGACACGUAUGACGGCGGCGCGGGUGCGAGGGACGAUGCAGAUAAGGUGUACAAAAAGAAGGACAGGCGUGUUGGCGACGCGGAUAACACGUAUGACGGCGGCGCGGGUGCGAGCGAUGCACGCGACGACGGUGCAGACGACGCGGAUAACGCGUACAAAAGGAAGAACACGCGUGUCGACAGCACGGAUAACACGCGUGCCGGCGGCCACGUUGGCGGGGGCGUGGCGGCCGCCGCGUUCGAGGCCGCGGUCUCCGGCUUCGUGGACCGGCUCUACGGCUCCUCCCCCGAGGGCCGCGACGCGCUGCGGGAGACGAUCAAGUUCAUGUACACGGACUGGGCCGACCGGGAGGGGGCGGCGGCCUCGGCCUCGCGGCGCAAGACGCUCGUGGCGCUGUUCACGGACCACCAGUGGGUGGCGCCCGCCGUGGCCACGGCCGACCUGCACGCCCGCUACGGCUCGCCCACCUACUUCUACGCCUUCUGCCACCGCUGCGGCGGCGGCCAUGACGGCGGCGGCGGCCAUGACGGCGGCGGCGGCCAUGACGGCGGCGGCGGCCAUGAUGGCGGCAGCGGCGGCCACCCCGCCAGGCCCGCCUGGGCCGACGCGGCGCACGGCGACGAGGUCCCCUACGUGUUCGGGGUCCCCAUGGGCGGGGCCGCCAACGCCGCCAACGCCGAGAUCUUCGCCUGCAACUUCUCCCGCAACGACGUCAUGCUCAGCGCCGUCGUCAUGACCUACUGGACCAACUUCGCCAAGACCGGGGACCCCAACCGCCCGGUGCCGCAGGACACGAAGUUCAUCCACACGCGCCCGAACCGCUUCGAGGAGGUGGCGUGGUCCAAGUACGACCCGCGGGAGCAGCUGUACCUGCACAUCGGGCUGCGGCCCCGGGUGCGAGACCACUACCGCGCCACCAAGGUCGCCUUCUGGCUGGAGCUCGUGCCGCACCUGCACGGCCUGCGCGACCUCCUGCAGUACGUCAGCACCACCACGCGGGCGCCGGGACACGCCAAGGACACGCGUGACGACGCGGACACGGACGCACACGCCAAGCCCUGGCCCGCCACGCGGAGGCCCACAGCCACGGCGGCGGCCACGGCGAGGGGCGGCGGCGGCCACGGGCGCCCGCGCGGCGGCGGGAACCGGCGCCACCUCGCACCCGGCGCCCGCGCAACCGCCACGGACGACGCCACGGUGCUGAUCGAGACGCGGCGCGACUACUCCACGGAGCUGAGCGUGACGAUCGCGGUCGGCGCCUCGCUGCUCUUCCUCAACAUCCUGGCCUUCGCCGCGCUCUACUACAAGAAGGACAAGCGGCGCCACGAGACGCACCGCCGCCAGCACGCAGCCGCCACCGCGCACGCACACGCGGCCCACACGCGUGUGCACACGCGUGCGCAGCCGCCAUUGCCGCCGCCGCUGCCGCCGCCACCGGCGUCGUCCCAGCGCCAAGAUGGCGGCGGCGUUGGCGGCAGAGACGCCGCGGACGCCGCUGCCACGGCGGGCGGGAUCCGCGUGGCCUGCCCGCCCGACUACGCGCUCACGCUGCGGCGCUCGCCCGACGACAUCCCGCCGCUCAUGGCGCCCAGCACCAUCACCAUGGCGACCACAGCCGGGGGCUCGGCCGGGGCGCACGCGGCAGCGUUCAACGCGUCGAACCUGCCACACGGACACUCGACCACGCGUGUAUAGCGGGAACGGCGGCCAUGUCGGCGGUGGCGCGUUCCAGUCCCGUCCACGCGUGGAUUCUCGUUUUUUUUUUUUUCGGUUUAAUAUCGUCCCGCGGGGGAGGGGCGCGGGGUCUCCCGGUCCGCCGCCGCCGCCAUGUUUUUUUUUUCUUCACGUCACGCGUGUGCGUGGCCCCGGGCCGUGGACUUUUAUCUUGACACAGACCCCUCGGCCAGAAAAGUCGGGAAAAGAUAUAAAUAGAAACAACGUAGACGCGGGACACGGGAAACGCGGCUGCAGCCGCGGAACUGUAUUUAACGGAACUU